GGCGCCGGCAGCGCGCAGCGAAGUUCCCGGGGCCGGCCCGGCCGAGAGCGGGUCCAUGGGCCGAGUCCUGCCGCGCUGCGGGGCGGCGCUGGGCCUGGCGCUGCGCCUGCUGCUGCUGCUGCUGCUGGGGGCUGUAGCCCCGCGGGGGGGCCACUCCCGCCUGCACUCCAGGCGCAUAUUCAGCACUGUGGUGUCAGAGCCCAGCCUGGAACUGCCCUGGUUCAGCGUUGUUGGGUACGUGGAUGAUCAGGUGAUCUUCGAAUACACCAGUGAGAAGCAGAGGAUGGAGCCCCGCACAGCGUGGAUGGCGCAGAACGAGGGCCCAGAGUUUUGGGAUGAGCUGACCUGGCGUGCACUGCGCUUCCAGGUAUGGUUCAGAGCGAGUCUGAACGCCCUGCAUGAGCUGUACAACCACAGCAAGGGGUUUCACAUUAUCCAGAUGAUACAAGGCUGUGAUCUCCGGGAAGACGGCAUCAUUCAGGGGGUUCACCAGGAUUCAUAUGACGGACGAGACUUUCUUACCUUCGAUAGGGAGACCAUGACUUGGGUAGCAGCAGAUAUUGGGGCUCAGAUCACCAAGAGGAGAUGGGAUGCCGAAAUAUGUAACAACCAGCAGUGGAAAUACUACCUGGAGAAGGAAUGUAUCCCCUGGCUAAGAAAUUCUCUAGAGUACGGGAAGGAGACUCUGCAGAGGAAAGUGCGCCCAACAGCUAGAGUGAGUGACAGGUCAUCUCAUGACGGCCUCACCACCCUCUCCUGUAAGGUCAGUGGGUUCUACCCCCGGGACAUCACCGUGACCUGGCUGAGAAAUGGGGAGAGCAGACAGCAGGAGACCUACUCUGAAGGCAUCCUACCCAGUGGGGACGGGACCUACCAGACCUGGGUGGCAAUGGAGAUUGAUCCCAAGAUCAAAGCCCAUUAUUCAUGUCACGUGGAGCAUGAAAGCCUGUUAGAGCCACUCUCUGUCCCCUGGGAACCAAAUAACACUCUGAUUCCCAUUGUGGCUGGAGUUAUCACUGCAGCUGUCCUGAUUGGUGUUAUAAUCGGAGUAGUCGUCUGGAAAAAGAAAUGCCCAGGUAAAGAGCCUGGGAUGGGGGGAUUCCCUGCACACCCGCCUAAGGACAACAGCAGUACAGGAGCCAGUGUCAGUACGGUGUAACUGCCCCCAUUGCGG